AAAUUAAUCAACGGUUCAGAAACGUCCGACGCACGUGACCUUUUCCACAAUCAACUCAUUUCUCUCAUUCAUCAUCUCGUGAUCACCCAAAUAUCGAACAUACUUUCUCUCUCCUCUCUUAAUCGAACUACUCCAUUAAUCUUCAAUUCGUCUGCAAAUUACCUUCGAAUUUUCUAGUUUCAUUGCAGUAGUGUUUGGUGUUGUUGGAUGCUGAAUCCGAAAUGAGUGGUGUCGAAACUGAUGUUGGGUCUGUGGCUUCGUCAACCGCACCUCCUGUUGGAGCUGCAGUUGUACAGCCUACUCCUCCCGGGGAUGCCGCUGUGAGUAAUGCAGCGAGUGAUGAUGCGUCAUCCAAGCAACCGGUCUCGGGGAUAGCAUCAUGGGCGCAAAACUUGAAAAUUCCGCUGUCAUCAGCAGGAGGACAGGUUGAGUUGCCUGCUGAGAACUCUCCAAAGUCAGCCUUUGCUCGGUUUACCAGUGGAAUAACGGCUCGAUUGUCCCCAAGAGAUGCUGCUUCUGCUCCUGAAGAUGCCUCUGAUGUAGGAUCUUCUCAGUCAAAUUUUAUUGGAAAUUUCACCAAAGGAUUGGUUGACACAUCGAAAAAUGCAGUAAGGGCGGUAUCAGUCAAGGCUCGGCAUGUUGUUUCUCAAAACAAACGAAGAUAUCAGGAAGAUGGAUAUGAUUUGGAUAUGACUUAUAUCACUGAGAACAUUAUUGCUAUGGGAUUCCCAGCCGGUGAUAUGAGUUCAGGCUUUUUUGGCUAUGUAGAGGGUUUGUACCGUAAUCAUAUGGAAGAAGUGAUAAGUUUCUUAGAUAGCCAUCAUAAGGAUAAGUACAAAGUUUACAAUCUUUGUUCUGAGAGAUUGUAUGAUGCCUCUCUUUUUGAAGGAAAGGUUGCUAGUUGCCCAUUUGAUGACCACAAUUGCCCACCAAUCCAACUCAUUAAAUCGUUUUGUCAAAGUGCUUACUCUUGGUUGAAGGAGGACAUUGAGAAUGUUGUGGUUGUGCAUUGUAAGGCAGGAAUGGCUCGGACUGGUUUAAUGAUUUGCAGUCUUCUUGUGUACUUGAAGUUUUUCCCAACUGCUGAGGAGUCAAUUGAUUACUAUAAUCAAAAAAGAUGUUUUGACGGAAAGGCUCUUGUUCUGCCAAGUCAGAUUAGGUAUGUCAAGUAUUUUGAACGAACAUUAACAUAUUUCAAUGGGGAGAUUCAGCCUGGGCGUAGGUGCAUGCUUAGGGGGUUUCGACUUCACAGGUGUCCUUAUUGGAUCAGACCCCAUGUAACUGUCUCAGACCACAAUGGUGUUCUUUUUUCUACGAAGAAACAUCCAAGAACGAAGGAUCUGUCGACAGAAGAUUUCUGGUUUACUGCCCCAAAGAAAGGAAUUAUGGUGUUUGCUUUGCCAGGAGAGCCUGGAUUAACAGAGUUGUGUGGUGACUUUAAAGUCCUCUUUCAUGAUCGACAAGGAGAUUUCUAUUUUUGGCUAAACACGACAAUGAUAGAAAAUAGGAAGAUCUUAAACACCAGUGAUAUGGAUGGAUUUGACAAGCGGAAGCUGCCUUCCCCUGGUUUCCAAGUUGAGGUUGUUCUUGUAGACUAUGAUGGCACUCCUCCAUCUCCUACACCUCAGCCUGAACCUGUGGUCCAGAAGCCCAAUGACCAGACUGGCCCCCCUUCUGAACAAGUAAAUGAGGUCUCGUCUGCUACAGAAGCUAGCAAAGAUUCUCAAGGUCAAGCUCAGAGUGAACAACAAGACAAAGAUGAUGUGUUUUCAGAUGAUGAGGCCGAUGGAUCAGGCUCAUCAAGGAGUAAAAAGGCUCAAGCAGCUUCUUCAGCAGAUACAAAAAAGUCAACUGCCCCUCCUGCUGAAACUAAGUCCACUUCAGAUCAGAAGGUGGAUGGUUUGACACAAAAAGUUGAAAAAGUAUCGCUUAGUAAAGGAGGAUCGACAGAGGGCCAUUCAGUAAAAGAGUCUAAAAGCGAGGCUGUUGGAACUGGAGCUGCCCUCUCAGCCCCCAACUCUGAAGGGGUUAGUGAUUUCAAGGCAAUGGCAGCCGAUGCUUCUGUCUUUUCCUUUGGUGAUGAUGAAGAUUAUGAAAGUGACUGAGCUACAGGGGUUUGUUGCCUGAUUUCUUCAAUUCAGCAAUCUGCACAUAAAAAAUUUCCAUACCAUAGCAAAAGCACUUCUUUGUUAAGGAAGAUCCUGCCCUAUUCAUUUUAUGUUCAUGUUACUUUGGAAUGUCAAUUUGUUUUUGUGGCUCAUCCAUUGUGAACUGUGGAUAAAAAUUUGUGUUGUAGUUUGUACUUUUUUUUAUUUUUUCUUUUCCGGAUGUUCGUUUGUAAUCUCUGGCUUUGUACACAAUGAUUUUUAUUUUGGUACAAAUCAAACAAUUUUUUAAAGACA